CUGAUUCACUCAGCUGAGGUUGGACCUUGCUGUAAAAAAGUGGUUAGACUUAUGUGUCCAGGGUUUGCUGAACGGUCGUAUCACAGCUGUCUUCCCGUUGCUGACUUUUGCAUCGCUUUUUAGAGAUUUACGCAUGCUGAAUUUUGCUUCAGACUCUCACCCGUUCAAUCUAGUGGACAUCUGUGAGGUGAUGAUGGAGAGGAACAAGCAUGACAGCCAUAUGUCCUGUUCAUCCACUCUGGAAUACAAUGAUCUGGAGGCUGCAGAGGCUUUGGUAUGUAUGAGCUCUUGGGUCCAAAGGACGCACAAGCCUCGCCCACUGACACCCUCCUCAGACUCCUGUGAUUCCCUCGCAUUGCAACCUGAAGUCACCGAGUCCCCUAAAGACCUGGUGUCUCUCUCAUCACUGUGCAUGACCCCUCCCCACAGCCCGAUCUUUGCGGAAACUUCAGGCACAGCAAUUCUCAGUACCUCAGUGGCAGGCUCAAGUCUCAAACCAGUCUUGUCACAGUCCAGACUAUGCCCAGCCUUGACCAACAGGGCGACGUGUCAAGUCAGCCUGCAUCCCAGUACCACAGUCAUGUUCAACUCAUCUCCACCGCAGACCACAGAAAAGCCCUCAUUCCGUAGAGCCACCAGUGUUAUACGGCACACCGCCGACAGAUCUGUGGACCACAACAUUCCAUCACUGACCACAGAGCAAGAGAAGCCAUGUUCUUCGGAAAUCCCUCAACAGCACACAGAGCCCAGUGCCGACCCCCCAGCAGAACUGCAAAUCUGCAAUAGACCACGUGACACUGCAGAUACUGAGAGAACUGCCCCUUCCCCUGACUCCACCAGCCCUGUUAUACCCAUAUCUCAGGCUAUUCCACAGUCUCCCAUAGCAAGCUCCCCAGUGCUAUGUCAAGUGUUUCCUGUUAAUGGGCAGACUGGAAUCAUCUCUGCAUUUGUUCAGACCCCGGUUCAGAUGCAGGCCUCUGGGUCAAAUAAUAUUCUUUCACAGGCUUCCACCCUCUCUCAACCUCUUCUGGUGAGCUCAACCGUGGCACAGGGCACUGUGAUGUUUGUUGUCCCCCAGUCCCAGGCCCCCACCUGUCAACAAAGUGUUGUUACCCUUGGGAACACUAAGCUACUGCCGCUGGCUCCUGCGCCAGUCUACGUGCCCUCAGGUCAGAGUGGGGGAGUGACACAGUCAGAUUUUUCUCGCCGGCGGAACUAUGUCUGCAACUUCCAAGGGUGUAAGAAGACUUACUUUAAAAGUUCCCACCUGAAGGCUCAUCUAAGAACACAUACAGGUGAGAAACCUUUCAGUUGCCAUUGGGAAGGUUGUGUCAAAAAAUUUGCCCGCUCCGAUGAACUCUCCAGACAUCGUCGGACACACACAGGUGAAAAGAAGUUUGUCUGUCCUGUGUGCGAUCGCCGGUUCAUGCGAAGUGACCACUUGACCAAGCAUGCCCGACGUCAUAUGACAACCAAGAGGUCUACAGCAUGGCCUAAUGAAGUUCGUGAUCUCAACAAAAUGGCUUCUUCCUUGCCCCUUCUUCCUGCCUCAAACUAGACUAAAACUCAGACCACUCACCUCAGUCACCUCAGGACAACAUCCCACUGACCAUUUUACAUUGGAAAUACUGUAAGAAAACCAGGGCUGCUACACAACCAUAUACAUAAAAAGUGACAUUGCACUGGAUUUUUUAUUUUCAUCAUGGUUGUUAAAAGGAAUUCUUGUUUACUUAUAUGUAAGUUAUGUCUCCCAAUGUAUUUACUCCCUUUGCCAAAGUAUUUGCAUCAGUUCAUCUGUUACUUACUCUUUACUAUUGUAUAUUUGUACAUAAAUAUCACUAUAUAAAUUAAUGUAAUGUGUAUUCAAACUUGCUUUUAUUGUUGAUAUAUGAAUAAAUGUUAUUGAUGUUACUUCAGUUAAUUGGACAGUAUUUCUGUAUGUGAUACUACCUGCAAUAUUCCAUAUUAUUUAAU